AAGAGAUGCUGCUGAAGCUGCGAGACGCGCUUUAUGCCAUGAACUCUCCAAGCAUGCCCUGAAAGGUCAUUUAUAUCUACAUGAACAUGCAGCUCAGUUUUCAUCCGGAUUUUUGACAGGUUUACGAGCAGCGCAUGGCUGGUGGGUUCCCUUCGUCAUCUGCGGAUCGUGCGGACAAGCGGCAGAUCUCAUUGCAGCAGUUACAUGACCCACUACCGCCAGCUUGUGAAACACUGACUCACGUGAUGGCUGGCUUUACCUGCUGGUGAUCAUGGGCUGUGGCACCUCCAUCACCACAGAGGCACAAGGGAAGAGACUGGAGACAGAUGAAGCAGCCAAGAACCCCAGCCCAGCUCUGACUAUGAAGGCGGCCAUUUUGAUCCAGGGGUGGUACCGGCGGUACGUGGCCCGUCUUGAGAUGAGACGCAGAUACACAUGGAACAUCUUCCAGUCCAUUGAAUACGCGGGGGAGCAGGACCAGCUGCAGCUCUCCAGUUUCUUCAGUUUCAUGCUGGACAACUUCACUCAGCUGAAUGGCAACGGGCCAGGUGAGAAGACCAACUUGAUUUCCCAGCUGCUGGACCCUGUGGUCGUCCCCUGGUUAGAGAGGGAGACCUGCUACGACCUGAUCCCUGUGCCAGAGUCCUACACCGGCCCGCGGCUGUCUUUCCCUCUCUCCGUCUCCCAUACUAAUGCUCUCCUCAGUGCCUUUAAGGAGCAGCAGUCUCUCCAUGCCAGGUAUGUGCUGCAGCUGCUGUAUGAGACCAAGAAGCUCCUCAAACAAAUGCCCAACAUCGUUCACCUGUCAACAUCCUAUACCAAGGAAAUCACUAUAUGUGGUGAUCUGCACGGGCAGCUUGAUGACUUACUUCUCAUAUUUUAUAAGAAUGGCCUUCCGUCUGCGGACACACCAUAUGUGUUUAACGGGGACUUUGUGGACCGGGGAAAAAAGUCGAUCGAGGUGGUCAUCCUCCUGUUUGCCUACCUUUUGCUGUACCCUGACUACAUGCAUCUGAAUCGAGGAAACCAUGAAGACCACAUCAUGAAUCUCAGAUACGGGUUCACAAAAGAAGUCAUGCAGAAGUACAAGACCCAUGGCCGUGAGAUUCUGCAGCUGGUCCAGGACGUGUUCAGCCUCCUGCCUGUCGCGACGGUGAUAGACAGCAAGGUCCUGAUUGUUCAUGGAGGGAUAUCAGACCAGACUGACCUUGACUUCCUCAGCACCAUAGACAGACACAAGGUUAAAUCUGCUCUGAGGUUGCCCAGGCACAGUCUGGAGCAGCUGGAUAUCAGCAGAUCCUGCAGACAGACCAAAAGAAUGAGAUCAACAGACAGCCCUCGGCCAGGCAGCUGUCACAGCCACAGCAAGAGCCAAACGACGCCCGCUCACAGAAAGCGGCGCUGUGGGCUGAGCCGGCAAGACAGCGCCUCCUCUUCCUCCUCCUCCUCGUCUUCCUCUUCCUCUCUCUGCUCCCUUCAAACUCCAUCCUGCCUCUCACCUCGCCCGUGCCCGACUUCUCCCAGUGUGCCUUACUCUAAUGAUGUCCCACAAGUGCCCUUCCUGGACUCCCUGUCCUCCAUCUCCCCUCCUUCGCCCCCUCAACAUGAACGGGAAUGGAAACAGAUAGUGGAUAUUUUGUGGAGUGACCCUAAAUCCCAGGAGGGCUGUAGUCCCAACACAUUCAGAGGAGGAGGUUGCUACUUCGGCCCCGAUGUCACCCAAAGACUGUUGCUCCAGCACGGGCUGCAGCUGCUCAUCCGCUCCCAUGAGUGCAAACAGGAGGGCUAUGAGCUCUGUCAUGGUGGACAGGUGAUCACCAUCUUCUCAGCCUCAAAUUAUUACGAGGAGGGUAGCAACCGUGGCGCCUACAUCAAACUGGGCAGAGAGCUGGUUCCCCGCUUCUACCAGUACCAGGUCAGCCACACCACCCGCAAGCUCACCUUAACACAGAGAGUACGAGCAGCUGAGGGCUCUGCUCUCAGGGCUCUGCAGGAGAAGCUGUUUGCCCAUCGGUCCGAGCUGAUGACAGGCUUCCAGCAGUAUGACCAGGACAACACUGGCUGUGUGUCGGUCAGUGAAUGGGCUCAGGUGCUGGAGUCUGUGCUGAGGCUGGACCUGCCGUGGAGGACACUGCGCCCACACCUGGCACGCCUGGCAGCAGAUGGCAGUGUGGAGUACCAGUCCUGCUUCCAGGACAUGGGCCCCGGCAUUCCACUGCCACAGGUCACUCCUAACCUGGCUGAAACUCUGUUCAGAUACAGGACGGACCUUGAGAUAAUAUUCAACAUUAUAGACAAAGACCAUUCAGGUCUGAUCUCCACCGAGGAGUUUCGUCACACCUGGCGUCUUUUCAGUGCCCACUUAGGAGUCGACAUCGACAAUAGAGCCAUCGACGACCUGGCCCGCAGUAUCGACUUCAACAAGGACGGCAGUAUAGACUUCACUGAGUUCCUAGAGGCCUUCAGAGUGGUGCAUAAACUAGACAACAAGGAUCAGCACCAUGGCUGACAGAUGGGACAAAUGGCGAGAAUGUGAAGAGAAGAGAAGUUAAUUCUGGAAGUCCUGCAUCACGAAUUGGUGGAGAAAUUAAUGCUGAAAUGGAAGUAGGAAAGAAGGGUUGAGAUAAGAUGAUUGAAGAAGAGUAUUUCUAGAACUAUUAAGGAAAAAAUCCACCCUAAAUACUUUAAGGAGCACAAAGCAAACCCAGCAAAGUUUCUUUAUUGUUUUUUCUCACGUCACUGUUUGAGUCUCAAUACUGCCCUCACCAGGUCUGUAAAGCCAAUCACACUCAUUUGAUGGUGGCAUUGUUAAUUGUCAGUUCUCAUUUUCAAAGAGAUGGAAUCAACAGAAAGUUACUCAUAAUGGUAGAAAAUGUAAUACUGCGCUUUCAAUCUGGUUGGUCGAGAUCCACGUCUUAUUUACUAUGACAUCACAAGAGGCUGAGCAUUAAAAAAGGUAGCCACAACGUUAUUUCAGCACUUAAUUUGAGAUAAAAAAGAAUAUUGUUGCUUCAAAAUUGUAACUGUUGAAUAAAAUCAACAAUUGUGCUCAUUAUUAAUACCUUUACAUGAGAAAAUCUAAGUAAGGAAUAGGUCUUUUGAGUUUAUUGGAAAUGAUUUAGUCUCUCUAAUUAGGCACCUGGAGCAGACAAUAUAUAUUUAUUUUAUUUUAUUUUAUUGAUUAUAGCUUGAGACUUUUGGUUCAUCACAAAUGGUUUUGUGCAUUGUCCAGCUAGUGAGAAAAUGAGUCUAUACUAACAGCAACUGUUAAAGGACCAUAUCAGUGAUUCCACACAUUUUUCAUGGUGUCUACUAAAUGUAUGUACAUCACAUUCCUGCUAAUCUUUUCCCAAAGCACGCAGUAGUAUUUUAGAACUCCCACAUCAUCUUUCCUAUGUUUUAUCCAACCGCUGGUUUCCGUUAAUUCCACUAGGAUAUGAAAAUGAACUUUCAGAGACUUCAAACUUUCUUCACACCAGUACUCCAUCACUAUAAUAAAGUCGUCCACAUUAGUUUCCCUAAAAGCA